AUUCCCACUGCCUUGUUGAAGCUCGCUGGCGCAUUCAAAACGCAACUCGUGGCCUGAGCUUCGUCGACAGUCUGGGCUGCCCGAUGCUAAAACGUCGUGGGAGCCCGUGGACUCUCUUCCACAGACUUGCGCGUUGGUUUUCUUCAACCUCCCCACCUCACCCGGAAUAUCUUCUUCGUCCUGGUCUUUUUCCCGUUCACGUCCCCCACUUUGACGUACUGGCAGACUUGCGGUGGGCACACUAAUCAGCAAAACGACAUCAUUUCCUCCUGCAAUACGACAACGUUCUCUUAUUAGUCUCCAUAUACAACGUUUCCUCCCCCGCAUCUUGAUCACCUCCCCCGCUCAUCAUCCAAGGUCACGCGAACUGUAGUUCAUCCUUGGAUCAGAGGAACAUGAGGACCUGGACAGGCACUUGACCAACCCCUCUUCGGCUCUUCUUAUAAUGAUGCCCUGCCCGUCGAGGGCCAGGCAUCGCGACGUCCGGCGGUCGUGACCGCAACAUCGUUGGAAAAACACCUUUCCAUAGUCAUCAUGGCCCUCUUAUACGGCCUCGCCUUCGCCGGCCUGGCGGCAGCUAAUCUCAGACCCAACUGUCCUCACUUCACCGACUACGCGGCAACGCUUCACGAACCCUUCUCAGAAGGCGUCCAUAAGCUAGCCUACCAGCGUCCGCCGCCAGAAUGCCGCACGGCCAGUUAUCCCGAGGUCGAGAAGACCAUCACCGAGAUGAAGGCUCUCGUCAAAGAUCCGGACCUCUAUCGUCUUUUUGAGAACACGUUCCCGAAUACUCUUGACACUACCGUCGCUUGGACCGGUGCUGCCGAAGACAAUGCAGACGAGGAGCUCAGCUUCAUCAUCACCGGCGACAUCAACGCCGAGUGGCUCCGGGACAGCAGUAACCAGUUGCAGAGCUACCGCUCUCUACUUACACGCAACUCCUCGGCCGGUUCCCUCGCUGCUCUAUACCGCGGCGCAAUUAACCUCCAAGCUCGCUACGUCCGCUUCGCGCCUCACUGCAAUGCUUUCCAACCACCAGCGGAAUCCGAAAUAGCCCCCACAGACAACGAGGCCGGCGGCGCGUCAGAUCACAUCUACCCCCAGUACCCGACCUACUCCUUCUUCGAGUGCAAAUACGAGCUAGACUCCCUCGCCGCCUUCCUCCAGCUCUCCCACGACUACCACGCCGCCACGGCAGACAAGGACUUCUUCGCCCGCUUCAACUGGUCCAAAGCCGUCGCCGUCCUCCUCAACACCACAGACGCCCUCCGCACGGGAACCUACGCCGCAGACGGCACCCUCAACCCCUCCCCGGCACUCUUUGAGCGCCGCGCCGUCUCCGCCUCCGAGACCCUCUCCAACAGCGGCAACGGCGCCCCGACCCAGGCCGGCACGGGAAUGGUCCGCAGCUUCUUCCGCCCCAGCGACGACAGCUGCAUCUACCAGCUCUUCGUCCCGGCCAACAUGAUGUUCGCGCGGUACCUCAACUCGUGCGCCGAGAUCAUGGACGGCAUCGACGCCAGCCUCGCCGAGCGCAUGAGGGAGUCGGCUAAAGUCGUCCGCGAGGGCAUCGAGGCGCACGGGAAGACGACGCACCCGAAAUUUGGCGAGAUUUACUCGUACGAAGUAGACGGCUUCGGUAGCCACAACAUCAUGGACGACGCCAACAUCCCCUCCCUCCUCUCGGCCCCUCACUACGGCUACCUCUCCGCCUCGGACUCAAUCUACCAAAACACCCGCCGCUUCGUCCUCUCCACCUCGAAUCCCUACCAGAUGCGCGGCCCCGUCCUCAACGCCACCGGCGGCCCCCACAUCGGCCCGGGAAACGCCUGGCCCAUGGCCCUCAUCGCCCAGCUCAUGACCUCGGACGACGACGACGAGAUCGCCGGCGGUCUGCGCCAGCUCGUCGCCUCCACCGAUCGUCUAGGCCUCAUCCACGAGUCUGUGAAUAGUCACGACGCUUCUAAGUGGACUAGAUCAUGGUUCGCAUGGGCGAAUGGUCUCUUUGGACAGAUGAUGCUGGAUCUGAGAGAGAGAAAGCCGCAUCUUCUUGAGAGAAGUUAUCAGUAGAGCAGUCGAAAUGUUGCUACAUAUGUCACAUAGUACUCAUGAUGUCCUAUACAUAUCGUUUGGCGGAAUGACCGCUGGCAAUGUUGCCCCUACAGAGC